AUGUCUUUUCUUACCGAAAAAGAAGGAGAUAAUCCAGUAUUGACGACUCUGAAAAUCUUAAUUAUCGGAGAAAGUGGCGUUGGCAAGUCAAGUUUGAUGUUACGAUUUGUUGAUCAUUCUUUCGAUCCUGAGCAAUCUGCUACUAUCGGUGUUGAUUUCCGUGUAACCUCCAUGAAUAUCGAUGGUAACCGAGUUAAAUUAGCUAUAUGGGACACCGCUGGGCAAGAGAGAUUCAGAACGCUCACUCCCAGUUAUUACAGAGGAGCUCAAGGAGUUAUUUGUGUUUUUGAUGUCACCAACCGAUCAUCAUUCGAAAGAUUAGAUCAUUGGAUGACUGAAGUUGACACAUAUUCCACGAAAGGAGAAGCUGUUAAAAUGGUUGUCGCUAACAAAAUUGAUAUGCCCAAUCGUGAAGUCUCAAGAGAGGAAGGAAUUAAAUUCGCGCGCAGACAUAGAACCCUUUUCGUUGAAGCCAGUGCCAAAACUAAUGAGGGAGUGCAAUGUGCUUUCGAAGAAUUGAUAGAAAAGGUAAUUCAAACACCCGGUUUGUGGGAUAACGAAAGACCGUCGUUCCGAUUAACGCAGACACAGAACGCAGACUCAGGAUUUUGCGGUUGCUAG